AUGUCACAUCAUCGCGCCGGGUCGGGAUGGUCGACCCACUCGAUCCCCACCACCGCUGCGCCGAGCUCCAACCCACGAUCCGCCUCCGGUUCGAGCACCGCAUCGACCUCGUACCCGGAUGCCACUGCCACCGUAACAGGCUCGACAGGCUCUCCUCGUCGUUCCGCAAGGUCGACGACGACGGCCUCGUUCCGCAAGUCGAGCUCACCGUUGAUGAGGAACGAUGCGCCUUCCUUUGUCGCGCCGAGCUGGUCCCGUCCUUCGCCGAUACAGCAGCAACAGCAGCAGCAACAGCAGCAAAUACCCCACCGCCCACGUCACUAUCAACACAGCUCUCAAUCUUCCGAAUCCAACGGGACUUGGUCACCGCUCGGGACGACCCCGUCGGGCAACUCGACCCCGCUCGUCACGGCCUCUCACCUCCCCGCUUCCGUCGCCAAUCCCGCAUCGGCCCCACCCAACCAGAUCGGACUCACCACACGCGGGCAUCAGGCCUACUCGCGAGAGUCCAUACCCUCCGCCUCGCUCCCUACCUCGCUCGCUGCGACCAACGGCUCCGCUCCUGUUGUAA